AUGGCUAAUAUUGACUACCGCGGAAUCUGCAUUCAUGAAGACAUUGAGCGUCCUUUGAACGCUGUGAUGUCUAAGGAUCUUAGCACCGCGGUGAAGAUUGAGUUCCAUCUCACCGACGAUGAGAAUUUGUUUGUGGUGUGGUUUGCAGGAGAUGAUGAGGUCUGUGCAGAGUACGUCAACGAAUUUGACAACCACUUGCUACGCGGGCAAUUCAUGACGGCUUUGACGGCUUUGUCUGGGCUUCCUUUCAAGGUUAUUAACCACGACAUGGAUGAUGUUGCCGAUGACGCCGGUGCUGGUGUCGAUGGUACUGAUGAUGAUACGAUCGAUGAUGCGAUCGAUUUCCCUUCUGACGCCGAAGGAACGAUCGAUUUGGAUGAUGCUGAUACCGAUGAUGCUGAUGAUACCGAGACCGAUGAUGCUGAUGCCUAG